UAACUUCACUGUAGUCUGUAUACAAGUUCAACCAAAUGCUGUGCUCAACUUACAGAAUAAAUAUGUAACAGCAAACAUUUUGGAGAAACUAGAAGGGUUUAACCAUUUGAAAAAAAUGAUGCGUGCUAUAUUCUUAAAUUUUGGUCAAGUUUUUUCAUGAAGAAUAGUGUUGUUUAGAUCUCAGAAGGCUAGAAUUCUAGACUUCCAUCUUCUCUUGAGGCCUGUGUCCAAUAAAGUUCUAUCUACCGAUACAUUGCUGAAUAAAAUAUCCAAUUUGUCAACAUAACACUGAAAGGGGCUGAUGAUUGAGAUGGAUUUCUAAUUAUUGGGCCCAAUUUAUCCGUUGAGCAGAGAAUGUUAUUAUAUCCAUUUUUUCAUAUCUUCGUUCUCUGUCCAUCAGUUCUUGUAAAUGCUUUGAAUAAGUAACCCUAUUCUUUCUGGCCCAAUAAAAGCUCCUCUUUCUCUAAUUAAGGAAAGGCCACAUAGGCAUAUGUUAAUGUCUGUUAACUUCUACUGAGUUUGGUAUCAUAUUAGUUAAAGGGUUCUGAUCGAUAUGAAAGAAAGAGAACUGAAGGUAAUAAUGAAGACUGACCCACCUCUUAUGGACUGCACAAGAGAAUCUUUAUGAAGAUUGGACGUGAAGAAAAGAAAUAAAAAGUUUGUCAUCUUCCCCAGCAAACCUGAGGUUCUGGUUAUUCCUCCCAACAAGUUGUAAUACGUGAGGAAUUAAUGGAGCAAUGAAACCUCUUGCUCUUUCUCAUAUGGCUUUCUCCUAUAUAGACUUGUCAACUUGUUCUGUACUGUUGAUAUAAUUCACCCCCACCUCUACUGGGUAUUAUUCGAUGCUCCCCUCUAUAUAAAGAGCACCAUUGCCCUCACUCUUUGAUCCAAACAGACACAAGCAGCAGUCACUGCUGGCCCUGCAUCUCUCUUAGGUGUUUUCUCUUGCUGAGUAAAGAGAACAAGAGGGAGGAAAAAUAAUGAGUUCAUCCUGGACCGAUAGUCAAAACAAGCUUUUCGAGAGGGCGCUGGCAGUAUAUGACAAGGACACACCAGACCGCUGGCACAAUAUUGCACGAGCAGUUGGCUGUGGAAAGACAGCUGAGGAUGUGAAGAGGCACUACAGAUGGCUGAAGAGGGAUGUGCAGCAAAUUGAAUCUGGAGAAGGCGGUCAAGGAUCCCACUCCAGCAACUCCAGUGGUAGUGGAAGCAGCAGCAAUUCUUGUGGCAGGAACAAUGAUGACAAGAGGAUGAGGCACCCCAAACCGCAGUGAAUGUGAUCUUGUAAGAGCUUAUAUCUCUAGAGCGUGAAGCAGCAAUUGGUCCAGAAAACUAAUAACAUGAUUGGUGCGCUCUCUAAAGAUGUUAACUAUGCUAUUUGGUGGCUUCCAUCCAAGUGUAUGUCCGGUUUGCUGUGUAAUCUGCUACCUGGUAGCGUUGUGUUAUGCUAUGGUGAAAUAAAUCUGUGGUUGUGUGGUAA